AUGCCUCGGAGGCGAGGACGAGGACGAGGACUAGGACGAGGAUCUGCAAAAAAGAAAGCACACACGGCCAAACAGAGCAAGCCACAGUCAAGCACAGGGAGCUCAGUGAAGCGUCCAAUCCCUUCGGAAGAGACUGAACCAGACCAAGGUCAGAGUCAGAGUCAUAGUGAUAGUGCUGCCAAUGAGUCUGUAGAAGGACGUGACUCCGAAUGUGGUGAUGAGGAGGUUUGUGAAGGCGACUGUGAAGGUGAAGGUGUUCAACUAGCUCAGACAAACACUCACACAGACUCAUGUGAGCCUUCAGAGCCUGCUGAUGACGAAUCUCAUGAGCUGAUGGAAACAAUUGUUCCUUUUGCUGUCCCUGUGCCUCAUGAUGCUUUGUCCCGCCAGUCCAAGCUGGAGCCUGGCGAAAAGUUUAGUGAAUCGGGGUAUGAUGAUUUAGCCAAAUGGAUUGCAGCAGCCUUGGGCAGACUAGGCUCAGAUCUGCAGCGGAGUUUGCGAAACUUUCAUUUGGCCGAACCGUUGCUCAGUGUGGGCACUGCUUGCUCGGGCACAGACUCCCCUCUCAUGAUGGCCCGGGCAUACGCAGAUGCGGUUUGGAAGUACAAAGCCCUUUUGUCCACUCAGACUGGAUUCACCAUCGACCAUGCCUUUAGCUGUGAGAAGAAUGAUGAAAAAAAGAGAGAGUUCCUGAUGAAAGUCUUCGAGGACUCAACGCUGUUCAAAGAGGGUAUGAGCAAGCUGUUCUUGGACGCAAAGGAUCUGCAGGAUGGUCCAGGUGCAAUGGCAGUCAAUGCGGUGUCUGACGCCAGCGAACCCAUCCCGAUGUGUCACGACCUUUUCGCUGGAUUUCCUUGCCAAGACGUAUCAAGGUUGAACCCAGAUUCACCGAAGAACCGUCAAGUCAUCCGAGAUAGGGCGCUGAGGACGGGGUCAGUCUUCAAUCACGUUGUUGAGUACUUUGACAAGGCGCAGAAGGGUCCAGCCGCCUCACCGUACAUGUCCCUGAUCCUGGAGAAUGUUCUUGGCUUACUUGAGCGACCUCCUGGAACCAAUCCCGAGACAGGAACACCUUGGAGAAGCAAUCUUGAGUAUUGUGCAUUGUCCUGCCGCAAGUCUGGGCUGCGGAUGCUGUCUUUCACAUUGGACCCCAGAUCCUUUGGAAUGCCAGUGUCUCGGCAUCGUGUUUGGAUGAUUUGCAUCCGGGAGAGCUUGAUCGAGUCAGCCCACAUGACCGUUGAAGAGCUCCAAGAACUGGCAAACCAGAUUUUGCAGAUGCUGUGUGAUCCCAACAUGCGUGAUCUUGAUGACUUUUUGCUUCCCGUGAAGCACCACGCAGUUCAAGCAGAACUUCAGAGGUCACGGGAUGCGCUUGAACGAAGACAGGCAGCAGCGCACAAGAAUGGACAGGCCCAGACACGCAAGAAAGCCAAGAAAUGGCCAGAGGCUCAUGCGCAACUCUGCGACAACAUGGGCAUCGACUGGUGGCUGGACGCGGCUCCGCCUGGUGAAACCUUAGACUUGUACCCAGGCCUUCAACGAUUGACAGAACGACAAUUCGAUCUCUUGCACUUGAUGGGGGUGAAGUACCCGGACCCAAGAAAGGCAUGUGUGGAGCUGAGCCAAAAUCAGCGCAACCCGAAGGCACCCAAGCAAGUGGUUAUCAACCGGGCCGACAUCAUCACCCCUCGAGGGCAGCAGCUUGUCACUCACCAGGCCCGGUGCCUGCUUGGACUUGAAGGUCUUUUUCUUCAAGGCAUUCAUUACGGAAAAGAACAGUUCAAGGUGGAGGAGUUCGAUGACGAUUUUCUUCGAGAUUUGGCGGGAAAUGCCUUCAAUUCUUACUGCGCUGCUGCAAUCUUCAUCACAAAGCAGCACCUUGGACUCCAACAGAUAGCGUGA